GCAGGCGAGGCUGCGGUGCCGGUGCGGGUGGCCCCUUCCUCCUGCCCUCGCCCGCUCCAGGCGACCCGCUGAGAGAUGGACUUGGCAGGCGUGCUGCUGGCGCUGCUCCUCGUGCUGGUGCUGGUUGUCUCUCUGCUCUCCAACCUCCUGGUGCUGCUAUGCUUCGUCUACAGUACGGAGAUCCGCAAGCAGGUCGCCGGGGUUUUCCUGGUGAACUUAUCCUUCUGCAACCUGCUUCUCACCGUUCUGAACAUGCCUUUUACCCUGCUGGGCAUCCUGAGGAACCAGCAGCCCCUCGGGGGCUGCGUCUGCAAGGCGGUGGGUUUCCUGGAAACUUUCCUGACUUCCAACACAAUGCUGAGCAUGGCAGCGCUCAGCAUCGACAAAUGGAUUGCCGUGGUGUUCCCCCUGAGCUACACCAGCAAGAUGCGGUAUAAGGACGCUGUGAUACUGAUGGGCUACUCGUGGCUCCACUCCCUCUCGUUCCCCUUGGUAUCCUUGUUUUACUCAUGGGUAGAUUACAACAGCGUUUACGCCUCUUGCACCUUACACCUGAAGGAAGAGACGGAGAGGAGAAGGUUUACAGUGUUCACCAUUGUCUUUCACUCCACCAGUUUCAUGCUAUCUCUGGUGAUCUUGUGUUUCACCUACUUAAAGGUGUUGAAAGUUGCCCGGUUCCACUGCAAGCGGAUAGACAUUAUUACCAUGCAGACUCUGGUUUUGCUGGUGGAUAUCCACCCCAGUGUGAAGCAGCGCUGUCUGAACGAGCAGAAAAGGAGGAGGCAGCGGGCUACCAAGAAAAUCAGUAUUUUUAUAGGGUCGUUCGUGAUCUGUUUUGGUCCUUACAUUAUCACCAGGUUGAUAGAGCUCAUUCCUUUUGUUACCAUAAAUUACUACUGGGGAAUUAUAAGCAAGUGCCUCACCUACAGUAAGGCUGCAUCAGAUCCAUUUGUUUACUCACUUUUACGUCAACAGUACAAAAAAGUUCUGAUCAACAUCGUCAACAGGAUACUUAAGAGGGACCUGUAUCCAUCCUCGGGGUACAACAGCUCUCUCGACACUGAAAACGACUACUGCUUGCACAGAACAAACUGACACCAUGAAAGCACUCCCACCCCAGGGAGACAGGUGUUUGCUGCUGCUGGAAAACUGCCUUUCUCCUCUCGUGCUGACCGUGCUGACAGCAUCUCCAGGGUGUGAAGGCUGCACUAAUGGGACACAUUUCAUCGUGGACUUUCACAAAAAGGCUCUUCCCUGGUCUGCAGCCAAGAACACU